AGGGGCAGAGCUCCCCUCCAAAGGAAAAGUGGAAGUAGAUACUGGGGGCUUUAAUUUAUAACAUAACAAAUCGCAUUUACGUCUUGCAGUCUCAUCAACUUUGCUCCCGAAACGAAAAACACAAGCAUUGUCGCUCUCACAGAGUCUCUCUCUCUCUCUCUCUCUCUCUCUCUCUCUGUUCCUCUGAAGAGGAAGAAGGAGAUGGAGAAGCCACUGCUGAGCGGGGAAAGCAGUGGAACUCGCCGGACCGCCGGAUUCCGUCGGAGGUCCGAUGCCAUUGCUUAUGGCUCGCCUUAUCAGAAAGCUGCUGCCCUCGUCGAUUUGGCUGAAGAUGGAAUUGGUCUACCUGAACAAAUACUCGAUCAAUCAAACUUUCAAAGUUCUGCAAAGCUGUAUUUCAUUUUUAUUCGAUUUGAUCUCAUCUGGUCCCUUAAUUAUUUUGCUCUGAUAAUUCUAAAUUUCCUUGAGAAACCAUUGUGGUGUGAGAAGAAUAGUGUAGAUUAUUGUAGUGACAGGGAUUACUACUAUCUUGGGCAGUUACCUUACUUGACUGGUACCGAGUUGGCUCUUUACGAGGCAAUAACAUUUCUCAUACUCAUGACGCAUACUUUCUUUCCAAUUUUGUAUGAGGGAUUUAUCUUUUGGAAAAGUAAUGUUAAUCGAUUUAAGGUAGUUUGCCUAUUAAUUUUGGUUGCCGAUAUAGUGGUUGAUGCUCUCUAUUUGUCGCCAGUGGCUUUUAAUUCACUUCCUUUGAGGAUUGCACCGUACAUCAGAGUUAUAUUUUUCAUCUUGAAUACUAGGGAAUUACGAUCAACGAUCCUCAUCCUGGCUGGAAUGCUUGGCACAUACUUAAAUGUCUUGGCUCUGGGGCUUUUGUUUCUUCUCCUUUCCAGUUGGGUAGCAUAUGUCAUGUUUGAGGACACCCAACAGGGAAAAACAGUAUUUACUUCAUAUGGUACAACAGUGUAUCAGAUGUUUGUUUUAUUCACCACAUCCAACAAUCCUGACGUCUGGAUACCUGCAUACAAGUCUUCACGUUGGUUUUCCAUAUUUUUUGUUCUCUACGUGUUGUUGGGAGUUUACUUUGUAACUAACUUGAUCCUUGCCGUUGUAUAUGAUAGCUUCAAAGUUCAGCUUGUAAAGGAAGUUUCUGAGAUGGAUCAUAUGAGGAAGAGGAUACUGGAAAAAGCUUUUAAUUUAUUAGAUAAAAAUAGUGUUGGAUAUAUAAAAAAGGAGCAGUGCAUUCAGCUCUUUGAGGAACUGAAUAAUUACAGGACUUUACCGAAAAUAUCAAGAGAAGAAUUUCAGUUGAUAUUUGAUGAACUGGAUGAUACACGGGACUUCAGGAUCAACUUAGAUGAAUUUAAUGACCUUUGCAAUGCCAUUGCUCUAAGAUUCCACAAAGAGGAUACACCAUCUUGUUUCGAAAAGUUUCCAUCAUGGUACCAUUCACCCUUAUCUGAAAAGUUGAAGGCCUUUGUACGGGGCCCCAAAUUCGGAUACAUAAUAUCCGUCAUUCUCAUCGUGAAUUUUGUUGCUGUUAUUAUCGAAACAACGCUUGAUAUAGAAAACAGCUCUGGUCAGAAAGUGUGGCAAGAGGUGGAGUUUGUCUUUGGAUGGAUAUACGUCAUAGAAAUGGCUCUGAAAGUCUAUUCAUAUGGAUUUGAGAACUAUUGGAGAGAUGGUCAAAAUCGUUUCGAUUUUCUCAUCACAUGGAUUAUAGUUAUCGUAGAAACUAUAACUUUCAUUUCCCCGCAAGGACUAACGUUUCUUUCAAAUGGAGAAUGGAUUCGAUACCUUCUCCUUAUAAGAAUGUUACGACUGAUAAGGAUACUGAUGCAUGUCAAGCAAUAUCGAGCCUUUGUUGCCACAUUCUUAACCCUCAUACCGAGUUUGAUGCCGUACCUGGGGAUCAUAUUUUGUGUCCUCUGUAUAUAUUGCUCUCUUGGUGUACAGCUUUUUGGUGGGAUUGUUAAUGAUGGAAAUCCCAAAUUGGAAGCAACGGCUCUUGCUGAAAAUGAUUAUUUACUUUUCAACUUUAAUGACUACCCUAACGGGAUGGUGACACUUUUCAAUUUGGUAGUCCUGGGAAACUGGCAACUGUGGAUGCAGAGUUACAAGGAAUUGACAGGAAGUUCUUGGACCCUUGCUUACUUCAUAAGCUUUUAUCUAAUAACUGUGUUGCUGCUGUUCAAUUUGGUUAUUGCAUUUGUCUUGGAGGCUUUCUUUGCUGAAAUGGAUCUUGAAUCCUCAGACAAAUCUGAAGAAGAGGACAAGGAAGGGGAACCAAGAAAUCGACGACGAUCUGUGGGCUCAAAGUCUCGAAGCCAAAGAGUUGAUAUGCUUCUCCAUCAUAUGUUGAGUGCAGAGCUAAACCAACCACAAAGCUCAAAUGCAUAGCUGUGAUCGUUGCUCCAUGCUGAGGUUUAACGAAUAUCUUGUAGUCUCCUUGCCUUGCUUCUUUUUUUUAUUUUAUUUUAUUUGGGGGUUUGGGUUUCUCGUCUUGUACUUAAAAUCCAUGUUUAAUAGUCGUCAAAUUCUCUCAUAUUUUGUUUUUGUAUUUCUUAGUACCGACACAUACACAUGUGAGAUUAAUAUUUGUUGUAGUGUAGUGAAACAGAUAAAAAGUAGAAUGCUUUGUCAGUGUUUCAGUUGCUUUUUUUCCUACAAUAAAGUACUACCUAACGUUUAAUUGGAAGUCAAAA